CGACAAACACUCGAAAGUAUUCCAUAGCAUCCUGUUGAAAAGAGGAACGAAAAAAAAAAAACAAAAAAAGAAAAAGAAAUAAAGAGAAAAAGAAAAAACAAACACUGAAUAACUCUACUUUCCUACAGCAUUUUACGAUUCUCUGAUUUAGCAAUUCAAUCGUCAGCAUCUAUCUGCCAUUUUCCUCUCCACAAACAACAGAAAUGGAUUCUGGAAAGCAGCAACUUCAAUGUUGGCUAAACCGUCAAGUUCGUGUUGAAGUUUCUGAUCACCGCAAAUUCUAUGGUUGUUUUAUAUGCACCGAUCAUGAGGGAACUGCCAUCUUGUCCAACACAACAGAGGAUUCCAAUGGUUUAACCCGUGUUUUGGGUCUCGUUGUGAUUCCUGGAAAACACAUCAAAUCGUUUUCUUUGCACGUAUGAGAUUGUCGUUGCUCAUGAUACAGCAAACAAUGGGAGCUUGGUUGUUGUUGGCGUCACUGUCUUGAUCUUUUCUAUUUGUUGUUCAAUAAAGUAUACGAAAUCUUUUACAAAGCAGCACCAUACACUCCUUUGCAUUCUUGGAUUCUUGAAAACAUUUGCAAUUUUUCCAACCCGACUUGAACAACUGCAUACUGACUCCAACUCUCAGUGAUUCAAAUACCCUAAUGCAAAAUGUUUUUAUACUUUUAUGAAAAGCUUCGUUUCUCUCUCUAUUUCGCCCCGUCCACUCUUUCCCUUCCGAGUCCCUUAUCCUUUCCACAGAAAACUCGCCUCUUUCUAAUCCUACCUUCCCUAAAUUCAAGAUAUAUCUAAUCUUUACCUAAUAAUGAUUACCAUUAAUCCCAAAAACCAGGCUAGCUGGCUAGUAAACUAGUAUACUAGCAAACUAGUAAACCUGAAAUGACUGUUUGCCUCUUGUUGACGGAGGUAGACAGGAAAUAAAAAUUAGAAUAAUACAUGCUUUACUCUUUCUCUCUUUGUAA